GAGGACAAUUCUCGUUUCUUUCUUGCAACAAGGCAGGAGUCCCGGUUCAGAUGAAGCUGUGCCCCCACGCUUCAGCAGUGAUAUCUUGGGGCAUGAAGACUCAAAGUUGGAUCGUGGGGUGACAAUCAGACAUACAGAAGGCAUCUACAGCAAGAGGGCAAAAACUGGAGGCGUCAAAAUGCAAACAACAGGACACAGAGGUGUUUUUGUGGCAGCUGACUGCAGCUUACACCCGUGUAUAAAUCGAGCUCCAAAGCCACCUUCUCGGGUGUCUUCUGCCCUGACCACAGUGCCUUCAUCAUGCUACCAGGAGGUCUCUAAGAGAGACCAGGGAACCAGCCCAGUGCAGUCCCUCAAUUAUGACCAACCACAGGCCAGAGGUCAGGUAUUUUAUCCAGCUCACCUUGAGCCAGGUCCAGUCUCUCAGGUAAGGGCGGAGCAAGACAAAGAGAAGAGGGUUUCUGACCUGAAUCAGCCUGCCGCCAAGCAAAGGAGCAGCACUCUGGACCAGUUGUGGCAAAGGUGCUAUGAUCAAUGGUACCUAGAUGAGUCCCUUCCGACGAAUGAUAGACAGUCGCUGCUGGAGCGGGCCGAGUGUCUGUCACUUCUUAUUCAAAGGACAAGGGCUAAUACUCUGUCAGAAGAACAGCACAAGGAAUAUCAGAAUCCUUACACCAUGGAACAAAGGAGCAGGAAGAAGGGAAAAGAUCCUGCAGUGGUGAGAGACAGAAGGGGGAGUGUUGGAGAGGUUAAGAGGGGUGUGUGUGCUGAGUUCACAGCAGUGAGAGAGGAAGUGCCUGAACGGAGAGAGGAGUGUUCCUCCCUCGUCUCCACCCUGAGACAGCAGCUCUGUCCUCCAGAAAGAGAAGAGUCAGACAACUUGUCCACCGCAUCUGGCUCUAUGUCCACUGUGGAUACAGCCCGGCUGAUCCAAGCAUUCGGCGCCCACAGGGUCCAGCGCCUAAACCCAAGCUCCAGCCUCAGUAAACUGUACAACACCAUCCACAAGCAGAGGGACGAGACGGGAGGGAGUAAAAAGCUACAUAAGGCGCCUCCUGCCAUGACUGUGCCGUCAGACGUUGCUGAUGAAUCCUCAUUUGCUGCUGAUAACUCAUCAUCCUCUAGUGCUUAUGCGUACCCACCACAUCAUGGACCCUCCAGAGCUCUGGUAGCUAAAAAGGCUAUUAAACUGGUCAAUAAAUGCAUCCAGGCAGGUGAUACUGAGAUUGUUAAUAAUGGCACUUGGCGCCACACCAGGGAUGUUGGAACCACGUUUCCUUCACCUGGAGAAAGCAGACCUCCUUGGCUGCUCUCCUCGUCUUCUUCCAGUGUGGUGAGAGAAAGCGGAGGGCAGAAGAGCAGCUGGAAGACACAAAGAAAGAAUGCAAAACCUGAAGCUGUUUCAUGGUUCAUCCCUGCUGAUGACCUGAGAGUGGAGGAAAGGAAGGAAAACCAUCCGGAGGAGGAGUCAUCUUGGAGGCCAUACACCUGGUUUGAACCAUACAGCAGAACCGAUCCAUGGAGAGAACCGCUUAGACAAAGACAAGCGCAUAAUUUAGAUCCAAGAAGAAAACCAGCUGCUUCAGGUCUGACUUGCAUUUCUCUCCAGGAGGCUCUGGAGAUGCGUCGUCCAGAUUUUAUCUCCCAGUCGAGGCAGAGGAUGAAGUGCUUGGCUCUGCAGAUGGAGGAGAGAAAGCUGCAGGCCGUCCUCAACAAACAGCGACAUGAACACUUUCACCAUCUUUGUCCCCCGGGGAGGCUGCAGAGGUUUGCAGGUGCUGCUCGGAUCAGGAGGGCCGUCCCUAGGAAGGAGAUGAUCCAGAGGUCCAAACUCAUGUAUGAGAACCUGCCGGAGGUUCAGAGGAGGAGAGAAGAGGAAAAGAGGAAAAUGGAGUAUUGUCUCAACAGACUAAAUGCUGAACUCUACAAAAAGAGAGUCACUGAGCGUGUCCUCGGCAGGAGAAAAGCCUGGCACUGAAGUCUGUGUCAAAGGUUUCUUAUUUUUAUUUUUUAGGUUUGUGCUGCAAGAAGCAUUUUAAUAACAUUUACAACAAAACUACCUACCAAAGGUUUUUAUAACAAACCUAAAGUUUCUGAUUAUGUAGAAUUCUGAGUGAUUUUCACGACAGCUUUGUGCCCUUGUGUGAUCGCACUUGAACAUGUAUUUAAAUAAAAAGA